AUCAGUCCAUGCUUAUCUCAGAAAGGUUCUCACUGAGAGUUAUUGGAUAUCUUAUCCGCAGAGCAGGGAUAGGUCAAACAGCGGCAGUGUGUGCGUCCCACAGGAGCCGGUUCUAGAGUAAAUAUUCCUCUAAGGGUGUGAGUGAGCAGCUCAGUCUCGGCUGCAGGUCUCCAAUGUAUUUUUUUAUUAUUAUUAUUAUUUUGUUUAAUUCACACAAUCAGCGAGUUGCUAUUUAUUAAGUGCCCAGCAGGUGGCAAUAGUAUGUAUACUCUACAUAUGGUUACAGUAUAAGUUACACUAUAAAACAGUGCCUUGACUGACAGUACAAGUUCGGCCAGUACAAUGCUUUGGCUCAGAAGACACUACUGAGAUUGACGUGCAACUACAACCACUGCCAGAUGACCCAAGAAUAAGGCGUAGAAACGGAGAGCUUCCUUUAACGUAAAGUCCAGAUGUGUGGCAGGGAAUGUUAGUCGAUCCCCGAUACCCAGUACCAUAGCGGAUGUCGGAUUUCCUGGUCCACAGAAGCCGGGUAGAUCCUGCAAUAACUAUCACACAGCACGGGCUGUAAAUAGACAACUGUCGUAACAGUCUGCCAUUCUGUAGUUAAAACAGAGCUACUUAAACUCAAUUUGUACACUACUAUUAUUAUUUUGAACGUCAAGAAGACAAAGUACAAACAGCAGUUGCUGCAGUGAUGUCUGCGACGGCUGGCGGCGGUUCCUCUUGCUCGGCCUCCCAGGGCUCAGCGCUCACAGGACCCGGUUCGGGGAUUUCGAUGUUCCGCUGGUUGGAGGUCCUGGAGAAGGAGUUCGACAAAGCUUUCGUGGACGUGGAUCUGCUGCUAGGAGAGAUCGACCCAGAUCAGGCGGAUAUUACAUAUGAGGGCCGUCAGAAAAUGACCAGCCUAAGCUCCUGCUUCGCCCAACUCUGCCACAAAGCUCAGACCAUUUUUCAGUUAAAUCACAAACUUGAGGCCCAAGUAGUAGACAUGAAGUCUGAGCUGUCUGAGGCACAGGGCGAGAAGAUUGCAUUUGAGAAGGAAGUCCACGAUCAACUGCUGCAGCUCCAUGCCAUCCAGCUGCAGCUCCACUCCAAGACUGGGCAGAACGUCGACUCACGGGGCAUCAAAGCCAAGUUGGAGAAAGAGCUGGAGGCAAAUAAAAAAGAAAAGGUUAAGGAAGCUAAGCUGGAGUCUGAAGUGAAGUUACUGAGAAAGGAGAAUGAAGCUCUUCGACGGCAUAUUGCUGUUCUGCAAGCAGAAGUUUAUGGAGCCCGGUUAGCAGCUAAAUACCUUGACAAGGAGCUGGCAGGAAGGGUGCAGCAGAUACAGCUGUUAGGCAGGGAUAUGAAAGGUCCUGCCCAUGACAAAUUGUGGAAUCAGCUAGAAGCAGAAAUACACCUACACCGGCACAAAACUGUCAUAAGGGCAUGUAGAGGUCGCAAUGACCCAAAAAGACCCACGCCUACUCCUGUUGGGCACGAGUCGGACACUUUAAAGAAGACUCAAGGUGUUGGACCUAUUAGGAAAGUCCUGUUGGCUAAAGAGGAUCAUGAGGGACUCGGUAUUUCCAUUACAGGUGGUAAAGAACAUGGAGUUCCCAUUUUAAUAUCUGAGAUCCACCCUGGCCAGCCUGCUGAGCGCUGUGGGGGUCUGCAUGUAGGAGAUGCCAUUCUGGCUGUAAAUGGCAUUAACUUGAGGGACGCCAAGCAUAAAGAAGCUGUAACCAUACUGUCUCAGCAGAGAGGCGAUAUUGAGUUUGAGGUGGUGUACGUGGCCCCAGAGGUGGACUCUGAUGAUGAAAACGUUGAGUAUGAGGACGACAGUGGCCAUCGCUACCGCUUGUAUCUUGAUGAGCUUGAAGAAGGGUCAACUUCCAAUCGGAACAACGGCAAUAGCGAUGCUGGGCCAUUGCAAGCCCUAGACAAGAACUCUGUGACUGAUUCUGUGGAAAACGGAGACAACGGAAUCUCCAGUGAAGCGCUGUCCGAGGAGACUGCCCCCAAGCCUGUCAAGUCUGCGGAGAGCUCCUCAUAGGCUGGGUACAGGAUGAAAGGAUUCUGAGGGGGUACAAAGAGACUUUGAACAGUAUGUUUGUUAAAUAAGAGUUUUUUUUGUAAUUUGAGGAAGGACUGCUGUGCAGUCAAUGAGAGUUUGUCUGCAUGAGAAAUGGAAAAGGGGAAUGACAUUGCUAUGGUUACCAUUUAAUAUGAAUUGUAAACAAUACUGAAUGUAUGUAACUCUCUCUGUUUUGCCAUAACAAAAAAAGUGAUAUGGUGAUAACUGAGCUGGUGAAAAAGAGACUUGGCAGCUGGUAGAAUGUUGUGGGGGGGGGUGUUUUAAAUGUAAUUAUUACUUUAUUGGAGGCUUAUUUAGCCUGUUAGAUCUGACAUUACAAACUGAUAAAAGUAAGACCCACAUGCCAAGAUGAGGAGGACUUGCCAGGAUAGAGUAAGCUGAGACCUUAUCAGGGCCUGACUCUUAGUCCUGUGUUUCCUUCAUGUUCCCAGGUUUAAAGCUAGGGCUGCUGACUAACAAGUUACAUUUACAGAUUACAGUUGUACUGCAAAAUAUCAAUAGGACUUUUUACUGUACAGGUCGGAAUUUGACUAACCAUUGUUGCCAGGCACCAAGUUUGAAUGCAUUAGGAUUUUGGGGUUCUAUGUAGAACUUGCAUUCAUCAUUUGAAUAACAACGCUAACAUGGAGAACAAGCCAGUGUUGAGGAUGUAUUAUAGUUUAUGGCAGUAUGAAGUAAGUAUAUAGCAAGAAGGAUCUAGGAUAUGUUUCAACUAAUAUCUGACAUUGCUGUGUCCUGUUAUGAGAAGUGCAAUGUAUUUAUUUUUUUAUUUUUUUUUAUAUUUCAGUAAUAUAACACAGCAAAAACAAAUGGCUAUUUAUGGUCAAGGGAUGGUGUGUGUGUUUUAUUUUCAUUAUUACUACAUGGAGCAAAAUAUAUGGUAGUCAGAAGAGUGGUUUCAAUAUGCAUUGAUUUUUGGUGCAUCUCUUACCCCUUGGCAAUGAUCUGCAAUGGUAAGAAGCCACUAUGGUGAUUUCUGCUUUCAUACUACAGUCACUGUUUAUGGGGCUUGUUAGAAAGGAGAAAGGAAGGUGUUUUUUUGUUUUUUUUGAGAUUACCGGCCUGUAUCCAAAGAUGACUAUAGCCAGGCUGUGUGCUGGAUAUGCUAUAGCGUACCUCCAUUCAGAACUAUGUGGAAAUGUGUGUGUGUGUGUGUGUCUCAAAGAGAAAAUAGGAUGCAAAACAUGGGUUGACGGGGAAAGAAGUUCUGAGUACAUUUGAUCCUCAAAGCUUUAAACUAAUCCCAAGCUUUAAGAACUGAAAGGCAAGACUGGUAGCUGUUGUGUGUGUGUGUGUGGGGUUUUUUUUUUUUUUUUUUUUUUUUUUUUUAAAUAUUUGAAACAAAUACAUGUUUUAGUCUUAGCAAUAAACAGAUUGUUUAUGGUAUUACAAUACUACGGUUCCACUGAAGAAAUGUUGUGCUGUAACACAUGGUUAUAUCGUAACACUCAUUUCUGUUCAUACCAGAGAGCCUGUCUGUCUGUCUAACUAUCUAUCUAUCUAAUGAUUACAGUAUUUCUAUGGGUUCAUAGCUAUGCAUGUUCUGUAGCUGACUUUGUUUGUUUUGUACAUGCAGACUUUUAUGUUUUAUAUUUACCAGUCUGUAAAUUGAAUUAUUUUUCAUAACUAUCCCGAGGAAAAUGUGUAUAAAAAAAAAAAAAAAAAAGCAUAAAAAUUGUAUUGUUUACCAUCUGAAGUAUUGUUACUUUUAAAUCUGUGAAAUUAUUUUUUUUGGUUU